CAAACUACUUCAUUAACCAUAUAAACUUUAUUCAAGUAUUUGCAUCCCCUCUGAUCCCUCUCUCCAUCUCUCUCUCUCUCUCUGGAAAAUGAUCAUGAGUAGUUUGAAUCUAAAAGAUCUUACAUUGAUAAUUUUUAUUGCCUUUUGUGUCUGGUCUUCAAGCUAUGAAACUUGCUGCGCCAGAGAAGGCAAGCAAUGGAGGCGAAGCAAAACUCAUGUCCCAGCCACUGCGCUUGUAAAGAAACCAAAAUUAGGUCAUGGCCGCAACCAGCACGGCGCAGCUGGUCGUAGUCUCUUGAGCUCUGCCAUCUUCAAUGUCUUGGACUAUGGUGCUAAAGGCGAUGGACGUGUCGAUGACACAAAGGCAUUUGGAGAAGCGUGGGCAGCAGCUUGCAAGGUGGAGGCAUCAACAGUGGUUGUUCCAGCUGGGUCUGUUUUCCUCGUUGCACCAAUCUCUUUUUCUGGAGCUACUUGUCAAUCAAACAUUGUAUUUCAGUUGGAUGGAAAAAUCAUAGCCCCUACAAGCUCUAAACCUUGGGGUUCAGGUCUCCUACAAUGGCUAGAAUUUACAAAGCUGAAAGGGAUUACCAUCAAAGGUAAAGGUAUCAUUGACGGACAAGGUUCAGUUUGGUGGGAUGACUCGGGGAAAAUGCCUAGCACCAAGCCCACGGCCCUGAGGUUUUAUGGAAGCACCGGAGUUACGGUCACCGGCAUAACAAUUCAAAACAGUCCUCAGACCCACCUCAAAUUCGACAGCUGCACGACCGUUCAGGUUUCCGACAUAAAUGUGUCAUCCCCCGGUGACAGCCCCAAUACAGAUGGAAUCCACCUGCAAAACUCCCAAGAUGUGGUCAUUUACAGCACCAAUCUUGCAUGUGGAGAUGACUGUGUGUCCAUCCAAACUGGAUGCUCAAAUAUAUACAUACACAAUGUCAAUUGUGGACCUGGACAUGGAAUCAGCCUAGGAGGGCUUGGAAAGGACAAUACUAAAGCUUGUGUGUCAAAUGUCACUGUUCGAGACGUCAAACUACAUAAUACGUUGACCGGGGUUAGAAUAAAGACUUGGCAGGGAGGAUCGGGCUCGGUACGAGGAAUCAUGUUCUCCAACAUUCAAGUUUCUGAAGUCAAAACUCCUAUAAUGAUUGACCAAUUUUACUGUGACAAGAGCAAAUGCAAGAACGAGACAUCGGCUGUGGCAGUAUCUGGCAUUGACUACGUAAAUAUAAGAGGAACCUUCACCGCAAAACCCGUGCAUUUUGCAUGCAGUGACAGCGUGCCAUGCACUGGAGUCUCUCUCACUACCAUUGAGCUCGAAGCUGCCCAAGGAAGCGGUUUUUAUGAACCUUUCUGCUGGGAAACAUAUGGAGAGCUAAAAACUGCAACUGUUCCUCCAAUUGACUGUUUGCGGUCAGGCAAGCCAUCGAGCAAGAGUGUUCAGUCUAACCCUGAUUCUUGCUGAGAUUAGCCUAAUAAUACUUAUUAUAAGGACAGACGAUGUAAUAUUAUCUUCUCUAGAGAUAAUGCAUGCAUGGUGGUUUCUGAUCA